GUGUGUCAUAGUAUGCAAAAUCACGCUAAAAGAUCUCACUUGUUUUGUAACAACUGUUGCAAACAGGACCUGUGUAACAACCACUGCGGAGAAACGCCGACCAAACCACCACUAGUGCCAUCCACACCAACAGUAACAACAGCAGCAACAACAACAACAACACAAACAUCAACAACAAGAACAACAACACAACAACACACAAACAUCAACAACAAGAACAACAACAACAACACCACAAACAUCAACAACAAGAACAACAACAGCUGUUACUACAACGAUACCACCAAAAACUACACAUCAUGUAGUCUACCCAAUCAUGUGUUAUUCCUGCAGUUCGAUGUUACAUCCAGCAGACUGUGAACACCUUGUUACAUGUGCAACUGGUCACGGGUGUAUGCUCCAGGUGACCGGACACGAUACCGAUGGUCAAACAUUGUAUCUAUCUUCAUGCGAACAGGACUGGUUGUGUAACGCAUUGAGCCAAUCCAUCCCAUUAAUUGGAAAGAGAGCAGACGAAAAUCACUUAGAAAACAGAACAGAGCUAGAGAGGCGGUCUAUAACGUGUAACAAGUGCUGUCGUCAUCAUCUCUGUAACAACCAUUGUGACGUGUCAAUUCAAAACGUACCGGUGACCACACAGACCACAAAGGCCCCAACAACCACACAGACUACAACUAGCAACAAGCUCACAUCCGAUGUAUUUUCAGCGACACCGAUACAAAUAACCACUGCCGGUCCUCCGAAAACAUCUGACGGAUUUUCGGCGACACCAGUAACAACACAUUUACCAACUACAAAAAAAGUUUUGACAUACCCGCCAUCGACUGUACAAACAAACAUGAUGUUAGAAACCGAAAGAUGUACGCACCAUAACUUCACGAGUAUUCCCUACAUUCACUUGUGUUUCAAGUUGGAGCCUGUGGAACUGAAGUGGAGUAUCGCCGAACGUUGGUGUGGAUUCUAUGGUGCUACAUUAGCUGUGCUGGACGACCCUGGGAAGUUCAGUGUCAUACAGUCGCUUCUAAAAUAUGAACCCCACUAUAAAAAUCAAUAUGUUUAUAUUGGCGGACACGAAAAAUACGGAAACAACACGUUUUACUGGCCACGUGGAGACCGUGUGAAGUUAGGCAACUGGUCGGGCCUCAAUUUUCAACAUACAACCGGCAAGUGUAUGGGCCUCGAUGGCACCAACGGAUUUGAAAUGAAAUUCAUCGACUGUCUCGCAUAUAGAAAGUUUAUUUGUACCAUUGACAUUUCAUAAUUUUAUUAAACAAUAAUUUAUUACAAAAUUUG